AUGUCUACAACCCCCAACCCGCGCAGUCGCGGGUCGCCCGCCGCGGAAUCCACCCCCGUCGGAGACAGAGACACCACGCUAACGGGGCUUCAACGUCUACCCCUCCACUCCCGUAACCCCAUCACCCCCAGCCGUCUCGCGACAUCGACAACUCCCUCAGGCAAUCGCUCCGUGUCGCGUCGGACGCCGCGAAACAGAGGCGCAGGGGCUCCGUCAACACCGCAUGGACUGCGUGCGAUGCAGCGCCGGGCGGCGAACACGCCGGCCCGGGAUCGACGCAAGAGCGUGAAGGUGCAGCGAGAGACGACGUUUGAUAUUUUGCGGAAUCUGGGACGGGCUCUGGCGCCUGUAUCUCAGCCUAUUCAAUCAUCACCGCAUGUACCGGAGCCGGUGCCGGAGCCGGAGAUCGAUGAGAUCGAGGAGCUAGAUAACGAGCCGGAGGUGGAACGGCCGCGUCUUUCUUUGCCGUUAGAAGAUGCAGCGGAGGAGGACGGUGAAGAUGAUGCCAGCCCCCCGCCGCGUCCGCCGAGGCUUUCGCUGGCGUUCGAGGAGGAAGAUAUCACGGUUGAGUAUCCGCGUCGGGCUCAUGAUAAAGGUCGACUAUCGAUGAUGAGUUUUGGUGGGUCUCGGCUGAGUGAGAACUUCGGCGAGGCUGGGUUGGAGAGCGAAGAUGAGGAUGGCGAUGAUACGGGGAUUGCGGAUGACGAUGAAAACCCUGACGAGACGGUCAUCAGCCAAGGGGCUUUUGAUAGGGGCGGAGAGACGGAAGACCUGGGAAAGUUCAACCUCGACUUUAACUUCCCGUCGCCCGUCCCGGUUGACUUGGAUCCGGAUCCGGCCAUGAACGAUGACGACGGGUUCGAGCUUCCGGCCGUGGGUUUACCGGAAGAUACAGGAUUUCCGUCGGACAGUGAUGAUGGCAACGAGCCUCUUGCUGACUUCGGCAUGGACGCGAAUCCCUCGCCUCGCUGGUCCCCGGCACCGAUGAGUGAAAGCCCCGGGGUGGUUGGGGGAGGACUGCGUGAAGAAGACACGAUCAUUCAGGGCUCCAAGCAGAAGAAGCUCUCCCGCCAUGGCAUCCCCGUUCCCAACAUGCCCGCCGGAGUCAUCAAGAAGCUGGCUACACGGUUUGCGCCGGCACGGGCUGGGUCCAAAACCAAGAUCAACAAGGCCACCUUGGCGGCAAUCGAGCAGGCCUCUUCGUGGUACUUCGAGCAAGUGAGCGAAGAUCUGGCUGCCUACUCAAAACAUGCGGGACGGAAGACGAUCGACGAAAGUGAUGUAGCCGCUCUCAUCAGAAGACAACGUCAUACGAACAAUGCGACUACUAUGUUCUCGCUGGCACAAAAGCAUCUACCCAAGGAGCUCUUGCAAGACAUGAGGCUGUCGAUGCCGCCGUGA